GGACAGGCUGGGACAGGUCAAGCGUCGCCCGAGACGCAUCCCCAGGGGCAGGGUGAGGCCUGUGAGCACCCGCCCCACACACACACACACACGUGUGGGGCAGGCGCUGUGGGGCUGCAGUGCCUGAGCUGUGGGGCAGAGGAUGGGACCUGCCAUGCGGCCAUCAACAUCACCUGCCCCCCGGAGAGCAACGUCUGCGCUGAGGCCUUGGCCAGUGUCACAUGGAGCCACGGGCGGCUGGCGCUGGGGGGGCGGGGCUGUGGGCGGGGCCAGCCCGGGUCCCUGGCGCGCGCCCUCGAGCUCCCGGGGGUCGUGGUCUUCGUGCGGAGGCGCCAGUGCCGGGGGGGGGCCGAGGCCUGCAACGGGGCCCUGCCCAUGGGAACAGAGAGCGCCCUGCCCCUGCCCGACAACGUCACGGCCCAGGCACCCAAUGGGCUGCGCUGCUUUGGUUGCCCUGACGACGGGCCCUGCUCCGCCCCCACCAUCGUGGAGUGCUAUGGCGACCUCCGCGGCUGUUUCCAUGGCAACGUCACCGUGACGCUGGGUGGGUCCCGGCGGUGGCGGGAGGUGCGGGGCUGCGUGCGGGACCCGACCUGCACCCCGGAGCCCCGAGGGGACGACGCCGUGGGGCUGGAGGGCUCCUGCUGCGCCGGGGACCUCUGCAACGGCCCCGUAGGGAACCGCAGCCUCUUCGCCCCCGACCUGCCCCGGCUCGAGCUCCUCCCGCAGCCCCACGGCCCCACGGCCGGGCCCAACAAAGGCAAUGGGAGCACUGGGGGGGACAAGGCCACCACCAAGAUGGCCACCUCCACGGGCAACGCGUCUGCUGCCAAAACCAAGAUGGCCGCCUCCACGGGCAACGCGUCUGCUGCCAAAACCAAGAUGGCCGCCUCCACGGGCAAUAUGGCGCCCACUGUAGCCAACGUGGCGGCCACCAAAGGCAAUGUGGCUGCCUCCAGAGGCAGCAUGGUGCCUACCGUAGCCAAUGGGGCUGCUACCAAAUCCAGUAUGGCGGCCACCAAAAGUCUCAUGGCGGCCACCAUGGCCAAUAUGGCGGCCACCACAGGCGAUAUGGCAGCCGUGGCUGCUGUUGACCACCACGGAGCUGCCAUUGAUGCCAGCACAGCCGCCGGACGCGCGGGGCACCCCCUGGAGCGCAAAGAUGGCGUCAAGGGCCCUGUGGGGCAGAGCCACCCUCUGGGGGCGGGGUUGUGGCCCCUCCCCUUCCUCUUGCUCCUCCUCCUCUAA